UUAAUACCACUAAUUGUGUGUUAUAUUAUAACUAUAAACUAAAUUAUAUUAUAUGAUUCGCUAAAAAUAUAAAAUGAAAUAUUUUAUAUUACUUAUGAGUUUAGUUCUUCGAAUAGAAUGGAACACUUGUGAUGGCACAGCAGAACUUGGAAUAGCACCAUGUACGUAUUUAGGUGAAUAUGAUGUCUAUGGAUACUACUGUCCAAAAGAAGUCAUGGACCCUUCUUCAGCAACAAAUUGUACUUCAUUUGUUUAUAAUGCUGGAGUAUUAUUGGAUGAUGAAUCUGCAAAUGAUUUGAAUACAUUUGAUGAUUAUAAUGUACAGUGGCUUUUAUACACGAAUAAACCACUGUAUUUAUAUAUUAAAUAUGAAAAGUCGAAAUGUUUGACAAAUGAUAAAGAUAAUACAACCCACAAUAUAAAUAAUAUAAAACACCUUUUAGAUAAAUACAAUAUAACGGGGUUUAUUCUAUAUACUUUAGAAUUGAAUUUAACCAAUAAUUGUGAUGACAACUUAAAACAAUAUGCUAAUAUAGUAAAACAAAAUACUUCUUGUCAAAUUGGAUUAUAUGUGAAUGCAAGAAACAUGAUAGAUAAUACUAACAAUGCAACGGCCACGGGUUGGUUUGAUUUUAAGAAGUUGAAUGGUCUUAUGGAAUAUUAUAUAAUUGGAUUUGGAAUGUUUAAUCCAUGUAAUGAUCUGUUUAAAGGUGGAAUUGUUCCGUUGAAUAAUAGCAAUUAUUCCUUGACAACAUUUGCAAAUGCUUUGAACAAAUCAAAGAUUGCCAAGGAUAAAAUGUAUCUUCUAUUUUCAGUAAAUCCAGAUGUUAAUGACACAUCGACCGAAGAUCUAUACACUUGCUGUGUGACAUAUCAAAAAUAUUGUGAAAAUGACCACUAUAAUAGAUAUUGGUGUGCUGAUAAUGCUGAUUCAUUAUAUCAAAAAGGUAAAUUUGCGAAAGACAUACAUGCAAAAGGAAUAGUAAUAAGAUAUAUUGAUACAAUUGACCGAGCUGCAACAUGUGAUUGUAAUAAUCAAGAUAAGUUUAUAUCAUUGUCGAUGAUGUUACGUGGUUUUUUAAGUGAAGACCCUAUCAAAGACUGCGCCAAGUUAAAUAAUAUUACUGAUACAUAAAUAGUUAUAUUCAUCUAUUAUAAUAUUCAUUGAUCAUAAUAGCAAUUAAUUUGUUAUAGCUAAAUACAUAUAUUCAUUUGUAUAACAACCGAUUACUUUUAUUCAAAUGAGUAGUAAAUAAAAUUAUGAUCGCUUACGUAAGCAUGGGCGUCAUCAUUAUUUAUUUAUAUAUUAUAUAAAAAUAUAAGCUCAGAGUUGUCUGAAAAAUUUCUUAAGAAAAUUUAACAGCAU